CUUGAGAUAUCCUUAUGCAUAAAUUAGUGGUAAUAAUGAAUUCCGAAGUAAGUUAUUUAGAAAAUUGAUUCACUAUUCCAGGCUCUAAACAGUUUAAUAUUCUGAUGAAGGCAAUCUAUUCGGUUCUCUAGUGAGCCCAGUUGAGGAACAAAACUAUCUAAUCAAAUAGCUGGCAAGGAUCAAUACAAACAGAGAAAUGAAAAGACUAGUCAUAUUCUUGUGUUUAUAUGCACUGCAAGUAUCAGAUGCAGAUUUCAACGCAUCACGUGACAGCUGUGUUCCAGCAUCAUCUCCUGUCAGCUCAAAACAGAUAAACAAGGCUUGCCAUCCUUAUAUUUCAAAGGAACAAGGAUAUUGCAGAAACAAUAUAGGUGAUUGGUUAGUGAAACCAAGUUCUGACGAACAAAAGAUAUAUGAAGCCGAAUUGCGUCGUGUGCGAAUCAGCAUUUUGAUGAUUAAAAAGAUAUAUAACAUCAAUAUCACCAAAGCAUGUCUGUUAACUUUCAAUGAUGUAUAUUGCCGAUGGAGAUUUCCAAAGUGUGAUACGAUCACUGCAAAUCUUACUGAAGCGAUAUGUAAAGAAUCCUGUGAAUACGUUUUCAAGAUGUGCGCAGGAGAAUUAAAGCUCAUGAAGGAGCUAAUGGAUAAAGAUAAAUUUAUGAACUGCAUGGUUAUGAAGCCUAGCAACGGUGGAGAAAGGCCUGAAUGCUAUCAUUCAAGAUUUUCGAACACUGAGACUGACAAGCUACGAGCAGCUGAAUGUUACUAUGGCAACGGUCUUGGUUACCGUGGUAACGUGAGUGUAACAACAUCUGGUCACGUGUGCCAGUCCUGGGCAUCUCAGUGUCCUCAUCGUCACGAUCAUCCUCUGUCUGAGUAUCCAGAGCUGGUCAAUGCGUCAAACUGGUGUCGUAACCCUGGAGGUCAAGGACCCCAUGGACCUUGGUGCUACACCACUAAUAGUAGUAUAAGAUGGAAGUACUGUGAUGUAGAGAAAUGUCCUCCUCCAGUCCCCUCUCUAUCACCUACUAUCCUACAAGUUUCUAGUAGAGGUCCAAAAAGAGUUUUCCUUGCAUGGCGUUCAGUCCCCUUGCCAUUUGUGCAUGGUCAGCUGCGAGGAUUUCGAAUCUCUGUCAUCAAACUGAAUGCACGUCAUGAAAAACAAAUCGUAAAUACAACGAGUCCUAGUGUUACUUCUAUCGAACUUAAUGACCUAGAACCUUUAACAAACUAUAGUUUAUCAGUGCUUGCGUUCAACGAGAAUGGAGAUGGCCCCUCUAGUCGUGCGGUGUCUGUAGAGACAAUGCCCGAAAAUUCCAUCUCCGUUAAAUUUAUUUUAACUUUAAAUCAGCAAAAGUUUAGCGAUCAUUUACUAGACAAGCAGUCUAUGAUGUAUCAGAAACUUGCUUCGCGGGUUAUGAAAACGAUAUCGACAAUACUGAAAGAAACUAAAACGACUGAAUAUAGAAUUUACCACAUCGAGAUUUCUAGAUUCAUUAAUGGAAGCGUCCUUAGUGUUGAAUUUUACGUUACUGCCGAAGUGCUUGGGUUCUUGCCAAAAUGGUCGAUUGUUCAAGAUAUCACAGGUCGGAUAGUGAAACGAUAUUCUAGCCGAAGGAACAAGUCUGCUGGGCGAAUGAAUUUCAGGUCUCUACUAGUCAAAGACACGCCUCCUCCACCACCUAAUGUAAGCGGAGAUGAAGUUACAAUGACUUCAGUAAGGGUGUAUUGGUCCCCACCACUUUACCAUGAACCAUACAGAAUCACAAAUUAUACUGUGCAGUAUAAGAAAGCAAAAACCGAGAUGUCCUAUUACGAUGCUGUCAGUGUUAACGCCAACAAGACGAAAGUCAAUGUGGAUCAUUUGGAUUUGGAUACAAAAUAUCUGAUGCGUGUGGUUUCUGUUAAUGCUUAUGGACCAAGCACGGCAAGUCAACCAAUCAUCGUAAAAACUAAAGCGAGUAAAUCAGCUAGCAAUACAGUACUUAUCAUCGUAUUGUCAGUUGCUGCAGCAGUGAUUGGUGUAACAUUAAUUAUAAUUGGUGUUGCCUGGAGGCGAUGGUCCAAUAAGAGAGAAUAUCUUACACAGCUAAAUUCUACAAACCUGUUCGAGGCUCUUGGCAUCGAAAUCACUAAAGCCUGGUGGGAAAUACCACGUGACGACUUGUCGAUCGAAGAAGAGAUUGGAUCAGGUUCAUUUGGUGUUGUUAUGAGAGCAUACUUGAACACGGGGAAUGAAAAAAAUGAGAAAACGUUAUGUGCUGUAAAAAUGCUGAAAGACAAUCCCACUGAGCGUGAGCUACGUGACCUGUGUAACGAAAUCAACCUCAUGACAGUAGUUGGUGACCACCCAAACAUCAUCAGCUUGAUUGGCGCGUGUACAGCGGAUGGUCCUCCAUGGCUGGUAGUAAAGUGUGCCGUUAACGGUUGUCUUCUGGACUAUCUCAGGGAGAAUCGUAAAACCCCUAUUUACAGCAACCUUGAAAAGCUCGACAACACAAAGACAAUAGCACCAGAAUUAAAGCUAAGCUUUGCAUAUGAUAUUGCUAAAGGGAUGUCACAUUUUGAAAAGAACAGGGUUGUUCACAGAGAUUUGGCUGCUCGCAACAUCUUGCUUGGUAGAGACAUGAUUGCUAUGGUGUCUGAUUUCGGUUUGUCACGUGACGUCUAUCAAAUGGGAGUCUAUGAGAACACUGAUGGGGGGAUUCUGCCCAUGCGCUGGAUGUCUCUGGAAUCUCUAGAAAACUUCACUUACACGACAGAAAGUGACGUGUGGUCAUACGGGGUUGUGUUGUGGGAAAUCGAAAAUGAAGGUCAAUUGCCUUACGCAGGAAUAAGUAACGGACAACAAAUCCUUGAAUAUUUAAAACGAGGAAAUAGACUGAAGAACCAGGAAAACACGUCUAGAGACAUACAAGUAAUGAUGCAGGAAUGCUGGCAUCCAGAACCAAAACAACGCCCAACUUUUACUAGUUUAGUUGAAAAAAUCAGCGAGGUUUAUCAGAUACAAGGACGACAAGGAUGGGAAGAACGGGAAAGAAGAGACUUUGAUGAUGGAUAUCUCUCUGAAAACCAAGAUCUUAACCCUGGUCAAAUUGCUCCUCAAGAUUCUAAUACACGUUACCAUGACUACGAAGAAAUCGAUGGUGAUGCCUGUGGAGGUGACACGGAAGUUAGAUCCCAUGACAAUGAAGGGUACAACGACCAUAUCUUUGUUGAAAAUAAUGUGCCACCCAAUUCUGCACCCAAUUCCUCAAAGGGCAUUGUCACCAUAACAACCAGCAAUACCUUAAGUCCAUAUUUUGCGUAGAGACUAUAUUCUUAGUGGUGUACAAUGUCCAUUGAUAAUAAGCAUGCAUACAGUAAAUUAUAGGGCAAUUAGACUGAUGAUAAAAAGCAAGCAAGAAGAUCAAAUACAAACUGCUCCAAGAUCUGCUACAAUCGUAUUGACAUUGUCUUGUGCUACUGUUUCACUUUCUGUUUGCUGUUGUCGUUCAUUAACUCGUCGUUUUUCUCUUUGCUUCUUCUUCUCUUGUCGUGCAAGAUCUUUUCUUUGUCUGUUUGUAAGAUGAGGAGCCUUAUUACGAGAUUUUUGUGAAAUAUUUUCUUUCGGUCUUGCACCAGGAUGUAACUUCAGUUUAUUUUCAGUCUUUUGGUCAUGGACUAACUCUCCUGAAUCACCUUUCAAUUUGUCAAAGGCUUCCUUGUCGGUCUCUUUUGUAUUGUCAUUUAUAUCAUCAUGGUUUAAUCGAGUUCUGGAGGUUACAUCAUCUGAUUUACAUUCAACGAAAGCUCCAACAUUUUCUUGUCUGUUUCUUGUAACAUAUUCAUCACUUGGUUGCUCUAUGGCAACACUAUUUUCAGUUGCCAUAGUUUCAAUAGCCUCAGUUUUAGCAAUGACAUCUCUGACAAAUCCUUUGCUUACAUCAGCCUCUGUAAAAUAAAGGUAUUAGGGUUUUUUUUUACAUAGACUUUUGGUGAUUAAUAUUAAUAAAAUAAGUAUAUCCAUCAACUCGACAUCAUAUGGAAAGAAUACAAGGGUCUCACCUUGUUCUUCAAGAACACACAUCACUUGUAUGAUUUCCAUUAUUGAAGCAUCUAUAUCAUAAUUGUUCGCUUGUAAUGUAUGCUGUAUUAGUUCUGAGUCCUACAGAUAUAAAAAAUUGUUAGAAAUAUAUAAUACUUGGGCAAUAUUUGCAUAGUGGUGUCAUUAUUUUACUACCACCACCUGCAUGACCUUUCUUUGUUAAAGACCUUUUCAGCUUGAACAUAAUGUUUUCGUAUUUUAGACCACAAGCCAUUCUCAGAGUAUUAUUUCUUUGUUUAACAGUUGCACAAGAUCAGAACAAAUAAAUAUAUAAAAAUAUAACUUUUUUUAAAAGAAAUGAAACAGCCUAAAAUGGGAAAACCUUUUGUCCAAGCUGAAAAGCUGGUCUACUUGUGCGAAUUGACAAUUGAACUAAUGAAAGUGUGCAAGGGAUUCUGGAAAUAGUAGUAAAUCAUGCUUUAAUUCAAGAUUCCUGUUGAUAAGCAUUUAUUUUACCUGACACCCAGUGUUUUCCAUCACUAAUUGAGAAGUUUCAUCAAUGUACUUAUUAGCCUGUGAUGAUGGAUCUGACUUAUCUUGGUUCUCUUUCCUUUCAUGUUUCUUCUUGUUUUUACGAACUGUUACUUUAGGAUUUUCCUGAAAACAUUGCAAAUGGAUGCAUUAAAACUGACCAAGAGUAUUUUAACACUAUUUUCACUUACCACUGACUGCAUUUGACUAUUCUUCUGGUUAUACUGCCAUGCUGGUCCAUCAUCAGGGUCAGUUAAUCUACGCACUGAUGAAUAAUGUUCCCCAUUGUGGUAAGCCAAAUGGAGUUCUAUUUUUUGUUGUGAUUUGGAGAAUUCACUUCCAUGUAUAACCCAUCGAGGGUUGUUAAGUUGGUGAAUAACAAUAUCAACUCCAUUAUUCCUGGCAAAAGCCACUAUUGAAUCAUUACCACCAUAUGUUCCCAGUUUUGAUAAUUCUGCCACUAUAUAAUGGAAAAUAGAUACAAUAAAUUAUUGUAAAGCAAAUUUUGCUAUGGUGAAAUUUAUA